AUGCCUCCCAGGUCUCCUGCCAACCUUUCUGUGACCCCAGGAGCCAAUGCCAGCGAGUUAGUCCCCCAGGGGUGGGAAAGGGAUGUCCCGCCGGGCUCGGAUGGGGCCACAGCGGAGCUGGUGGUCCGCUGCGUGAUCCCCUCCGUCUACCUGGUUAUCGUCACCGUGGGCUUGCUGGGCAACGUGGUGCUCAUGAAGAUCUUCAUCACCAACAGCGCGAUGAGGAGCGUCCCCAACAUCUUCAUCUCCAACCUGGCCGCCGGAGACCUGCUGCUGCUGCUCACCUGCGUUCCGGUGGAUGCCUCCCGCUACUUCUUUGACGAAUGGGUGUUUGGCAAGGUGGGCUGCAAACUUAUUCCGGCCAUCCAGCUCACCUCCGUGGGGGUUUCGGUGUUCACCCUCACCGCCCUCAGUGCCGACAGGUACAGAGCUAUUGUGAACCCCAUGGAUAUGCAGACAUCAGGGGCGGUGCUGUGGACCUGUCUGAAGGCUGGUGGCAUCUGGGCGAUCUCUGUGUUGCUGGCAGUGCCGGAAGCUGUGUUUUCUGAACUGGCACGUAUAGGUAGCUUGGACAACGGCAGCUUCGUGGCGUGUAUACCCUACCCUCAGACGGAUGAACUGCAUCCAAAGAUCCAUUCAGUGCUCAUCUUUUUGGUUUAUUUCCUAAUACCACUGGCUAUUAUUAGCAUUUAUUAUUAUCAUAUUGCAAAGACUUUAAUUAAAAGCGCACAUAAUCUUCCUGGGGAGUACAAUGAACAUACCAAAAAGCAGAUGGAAACACGGAAACGCUUGGCCAAAAUUGUCCUAGUCUUUGUGGGCUGCUUUGUCUUCUGUUGGUUUCCAAAUCAUAUCCUCUACAUGUACCGGUCUUUCAAUUACAAGGAGAUCGAUCCAUCUUUAGGUCAUAUGAUUGUCACCUUAGUCGCACGGGUUCUGAGUUUUAGCAAUUCUUGUGUCAAUCCAUUUGCUCUGUAUUUACUCAGUGAAAGCUUCAGGAAGCAUUUCAACAGUCAGCUCUGUUGUGGGAAGAAGUCUUAUGGAGAGAGAUCAGCCAGCUACCUUCUCAGUUCUUCAGCAGUGCAUAUGACAUCUCUGAAAAGCAAUGCUAAGAACACAAUGACCAAUUCUGUUUUACUAAAUGGGCAAAGCUUGAAACAGGAAAUAGCUCUGUGA